AUGGCCAUGGCUUCCUUGACUUUUCAUCAGUUUACUCUCAUUCAAGGGCAACUUAAAGUUGGAUUUUACUCCCAAACGUGCUCCAAUGCUGAGACAAUUGUCAAUUCUGUUGUCAAAGAAGCUACCCUUUCCAACCUCAGAAUUCCCCCGGUGUUACUUAGACUCCAUUUCCACGACUGCUUUGUCGAGGGCUGUGAUGGUUCUAUAUUGAUUGACAAAGUUCCAGAUCCUGAGAAAGGUGCAGAUGGUCAUCAGGGAGUUGAUGGAUUUGAUCAGAUACAGAAAGCCAAAGAUCAGUUAGAAGCUCAAUGUCCUGGAGUUGUAUCUUGUGCAGACUUAGUGGCUUUGGCUGCUAGAGAUUCCGUUGCCCUGGCAGGGGGGCCUUUUUAUGAGGUUGAGACUGGGCGGAGAGAUGGUAGAGUUUCCAGUAAGCCACUUGCUGAUGAUAUGCCAGACGUGAAUGAUCCAAUUGAAACUCUCAAGUCAAAGUUCAGAAGAAAAGGACUUUCAGAAAGUGAACUUGUUCUAUUAAGUGGUGGUGCACAUACUAUUGGGAAAACUGCUUGUUUCUUCAUGUCUAAAAGAUUAUACAACUUUACAGGAAGGGAUGACAGUGAUCCUGAAAUAAACCCGGUUUUUCUACCAGCGUUGAAAAAUCAGUGCCCCAAAAAUGGAAAUGAUUUUGGUCGCAUACCGCUAGACCAAGUGAGCGGCGAUAAAUUUGACGAUCAAAGUCUACACAAUAUCAAGAAUGGGAUGGCUGUAUUAGCUUCAGAUGCCCGACUUUACGAUGAUAAUGUUACAAAGAAAUUUGUGAAGUCGUAUGCAGAUUCAUCAGGACAUAAUCGUGCCGCUGGCUCAUCAUUUGCGAAAAACUUUUCGACAGCAAUGGUGAAGAUGGGGAGAAUUGGUGUCAAGACGGGCGUAAGUGGAGAGAUUAGAAGAGUUUGUAACUCUUUUAAUUAA